AUGAAGUUGUCUGUUUUAUUCAAUCUUGCUGUCUCCCUUGUCACUUUGGGCCAAUUGUCUGAUGCUAAAGUGCACCAUGCCAAAAUCUACAAGAAACCCUUGGACACUCAGUUGAAGGACGUUUCAUUCGACCAGCAUAUAAACUCGAUUUCUCAAAAAUACAUUAACUUAUACAAGCUUGCUUACCCAGAGUCUACUAGCGAAUUCAAUUUAUUGCCACUAGUCGACUCCAACGCCAACCAUGACACUCCAUUGACCAACUAUCUUAAUGCUCAGUAUUUCACUGAAAUCUCCAUUGGUAAUCCUCCUCAAUCCUUCAAAGUCAUCUUGGAUACCGGUUCUUCUAAUUUAUGGGUUCCAUCGAAGGAUUGCUCAUCCUUGGCUUGUUUCUUGCACACCAAAUACGACCAUGACUCUUCUGUUACUUACAAGAAAAAUGGUACUUCAUUUGCUAUAAGAUAUGGUUCUGGUUCUCUUGAGGGUUACGUCUCUCAAGAUGUUUUAACUUUAGGUGAUUUGACUAUCCCUCACCAAGAUUUUGCUGAAGCUACCUCUGAGCCUGGUUUGGCUUUUGCCUUUGGUAAAUUCGAUGGUAUUUUAGGUUUAGCUUAUGACACCAUUUCUGUCAACAAAAUUGUUCCUCCAGUCUACAAUGCAAUUAAUCAAGGUUUAUUGGAUGAGGCCAAAUUCUCCUUCUACCUCGGCGAUACCAACAAAAAUUCCGAAGACGGUGGUGUUUGCACCUUUGGUGGUAUUGAUGAAUCCAAAUUCAAGGGUAAAUUGACUUAUUUGCCUGUUCGUAGAAAGGCUUACUGGGAAGUAUCUCUUGAUGGUAUUGGCUUGGGCGAUGAGUAUGCUACUUUAGCUGGUCAUGGUGCUGCUAUCGACACUGGUACUUCUUUAAUUGCCCUACCUUCCGGCUUAGCUGAAAUUCUCAAUGCUGAAAUCGGUGCCACCAAGGGUUGGACUGGUCAAUACUCUGUUGAUUGCAACUCAAGAAGCUCUUUGCCUGAUUUGACCUUCACAUUGGCUGGUUACAACUUCACAAUAGGUCCAUACGACUAUACUUUGGAGGUUUCUGGCUCCUGUAUCUCUGCUUUCACCCCAAUGGACUUCCCUGCCCCUAUUGGCCCAAUGGCAAUUGUGGGUGAUGCUUUCUUGAGAAAGUACUAUUCUGUUUACGACUUGGAAAAAAACACCAUUGGUUUGGCCUCUGCUGUUUAA